AUGUCUGCCUUUUGUGGAGAAUACUUCAAUUCGACACAUAUCGACAAGCAUGGAGUCAUUGGGAAUGAGUGCUAUUUGAAUGGUCUUAGUUUCGUGCCUAACAUAUUGUUCGUGUUGAUAGCAGUUCCAGUCCUGAUAUCCUGGAAUAAAUCCAUCUUUGCAACGAUGCACGUUAAAACGUGGGUCCGAUUUCCGCAUCACAUCGUCAGGUGGCUCCUAUUCCUUACACUAAUCAUCAUCAAUUUGUUCGAGGUAGUGGCGGGAUUUUUAUCGGACGAGAUGCUUGGCGGUCGUCACCUGCACCUCUUCAUCCCUCACAUCGUCAGUGUCACAGGAACCUUGGUAGCUGUCAUAUACUACCACAGUGUCGAAAUGUGGAAUUCUCCAAGAUUCCUCUUGUUGCUGGUUCCAUACUGGUCGUCCCUCGCAGUUAUUGAGGUGCUGAAAACGAUUAAUUUAAAUUUAAAUAACGCUCCAAGCGGUUCAAUGCGGCCACAUUUUACGAGGGCAAGCAUCGCUCUCUACCUCCUGCUACUUGCUAUCGAACUUGACCUCCUCAGACAGCUGCGUUACGCCUUCUUCAAGAAACGUCGAAUGCUGAAGCCCCCAGAGUACCUGGCUGACACGAACUACGUGCAGAGUGCCGUCAGCUUGCCAUCGAAAGCAACCUACUUCUGGAUUCGUGGCAUCGUCAAUCAGGCUGUCAAGACUCCACUCGAUCUCAAAGACUUAGGAUCACUGCCUAGAGUAUAUGAAUUUUAUAAAACAUGCUUUGUUGUGAAGGACCACCAGAAGAUGAACGAAGAAGUAAACACUUCUUUGUGUAAAUCCUGUUGGAUCAAGUCGCAAUCUCCCAUGGUCCUGGCCGGCAUGUUCCUGCUGGUUGGAGCGGCCCUCCAUCUCUGCACACCCAUUUUGCUCGUCCUCCUACUUGAUUAUGUUGAUAACUCGACCAACGCACAGCCCCAAGGGCGAAUGGUUGGAGCUUACGAGUUCUUCACGAAUGGAUACGUAGUCUCGAUCAUAAUGUUGUUGUGUUGCUUGCUGACCAGCGUAUUCACGCAGGCCGGCCACUACCUGGUGACCAGGGAAGGGGUUCGCAUCAGAGGGGCUCUGCAGAUGGUCAUGUACGGCAAGAUGUUGGUGUUGUCGUUGUGGAACUUUGCCACGAAGACAUUGAGUUUAGGUGAGGUUGUUGAUCACAUGUCCUCAGAUGCAAACAACAUCCUCUUCUGCUUUUGUGUUAUUCAUUUCAUUUGGCUGCUACCCCUUAAGACCCUCGCCUCCCUCAUACUCUUGUACUACAGAGUUGGGCUGAGUGCCAUGGCUGGCUUCUUAGCAGUCCUCUUUCUGACCUGUCUGCAGUGCAUACUCGCCAGACAACUCUUUGCUUCACAGAAAUUCACGCUGAAAUUGGCGAACAGUCGAGUGCGAAAGUGUACUGAGGUCUUGAAGAAUAUAAAAUGCCUGAAGUUGUACGCCUGGGAGAGGGUGGCAGCUGGACAGGUGAGGGAGGCGAGAAUGAAACAGUUGAAGGCCAUGCUGAAAACCUGCUUCAUCAAGGCUCUCAUGAGUUUGCCCUAUUUAUUACGCUGUCAUCAAAAUUUGCAGGCUUUCACCAUCCAUCCGUACAUUGGUGAGCAGCCUCUGACCCCUCAAAAAAUAUUCCCAUCUAUCUUGUUGUUUGACAUUCUUUCUACUCCCAUUCACCUCGCUCCAAUAUUUACCGGAUUUCUUGGGGACGCCUAUGAUUCCAUCACAAAAAUCGCCGAGUUUCUCACGAGUUUCGAAAUUGACAGCAAGCGACAUAAGGUUGAUGAAAGUUCAAAGUCCAAUUCAAAUAACAACAAGGAGGAAAUCCAAAUGAAGCACUUGAGUGCAGAAUCACGAAGGACAGAAAACGCCAGACUGCUGAGUGAUGAACUGAACGUCAUCAUGGACUCGAAGAGAGACGUGGGUGUGGCAGUGACCAUACACGAGGGAUCGUAUGCGUGGGAACCUGCAUCCAAUGAGGCCUUUUUCACCAAUCAACAAUUCAUUGAUGAAGGCAAACUGACGGUGAUAAUAGGCAGUGCCGGAUCUGGGAAAAGUUCGUUGAUAUCGGCCAUGCUGGGAGAGAUGAAUCGAAUUGAAGGGACCGUCAACUGGAAACCGUGCCUGAUGGAUAUUUUUAGAUCGUUAACAACGUGUUAUGCUGGCGGAGUUCCUUGGCUGAUGAAUGCCUCAGUUCAAGAAAACAUUCUCUUUGGAACUGCCAUGGAGAAGAAAAGGUACAGGAGAGUUUUGAAGGCCUGCGCACUGCAACAAGACAUUGACAUUCUCCCUGACAAAGAUCUCACCGAAAUUGGCGAUAAAGGCAUAAGUUUGAGUCAGGGACAGAAGUUGAGGGUGAGCAUAGCCAGGGCCAUCUACUCCAAAGCCGAUCUUGUCGUUCUGGAUGACCCAUUCUCGGCCCUGGACCUACCGACAGCCUCGCACAUCUUCGAGGAUGGAAUCCUCCACUUCUGCAUGGUCAAGCGCAAACGCACCGUCAUCCUGGUCACUCACGAACUUCAUUUCUUGCCAUUCGCUCAUGCCAUGAUGAUAUUGUUGAUGAUGAGGAUGGUGGAUAAUGAAAUAAGGAAUAACAAUAAUGAUAAUAAUAAUAACAAUAAUGAUGAUGAUGUUGAUGAUAAACUUUACGAUGUUGAUGGUGUUGAUGAUGAUGAAGAAGAUAAUGACGUCAUUAAUAAUUACAACGUCACUAAUUGUGAUGGUAAAGUAGACCGACAGCAGCAGCAGCAGCAACUUCUCCUCGACGACCUCAACAACAGAACAGUGAGUGGAGCCAAGCGAGGACCAAAGAUGAGCAUUGUUGGUCUUUUCCCUCCCGUUCGAAUAUCGUUCGCAGCGUUGUUACAAUAUGCGAGGGCCGCCUGCCUACCUCUUGUCAUUGUCCUGCUUGCCGGGCAUCUGGCCAGGGUCUUCUUCGUCAUGUCGACCGAUUGGUGGCUGGCACAAUGGUCACAAAAUGUAUCCGAUACGCUGAUGUUGGUGGAGAAAGAUUUCCAAAAUAAUAGAGCACAUCUGUUCGACAGUCCGUACAUACACUUCGCAAACACGUACGUCCUGCUAUGCUUGGUUGCAGUUCUACUCUCACUCAUUGUUUCCAUCUUGACCGAAGUCGCUAGCAUCCGAGCCAGCUGCCUCAUGUACUUCAAAAUGCUCGACAGAGUGGUUGAAGCUCCCAUGAGAUUCUUCGAUUCUAAUCCCAUUUCAAAGAUCAUGAGCAGGUUCUCUGGGGACAUCUCCGUCAUCGAUGAUAAGCUAGUGACAACGUUGGAGCAGCUGAUGAGGACACUGUUCGUGUUGGCUGCCUGUGUGGUCAUCAACAGUUACGUCAGCUUGUACUUCCUCGUGCCAGGUGCCAUCAUAUUGCUCGUCUUUACCAUCUAUCAAUAUCGUUUCAGACUGGCUUACAGCAGGGAACUCCACAAGUUGGACAGUCUGACGAGUGCUCCAUUCAUGACGCACUGCUCAGAAACACUGUCAGGUUUGAGGACCAUUCGAGCAUUCAAAUACGAACGAAAGUUUUGGGACCUGAUGGAGAAACUCGUGAACGACAACAACUCCACACAUCUCUGGCUCAGCACUGCAUGUCGCUGGGCUGGCAUCAGAUUGGAGUUUUUGGCUUCGUUGAUGGUGAUGAUGUCAUGUAUGGUGCACAUCUCAAUCGGCGUCUCAUCGAGUUACGUGGGUCUUGGGGUCACUUACGCCCUGCUGACGUGCAAUUACGUGAAUUGGAUGGUUAGAUGCAUUGCAGACGCUGACAUCCAAGUGGCUGCCAUCCAGAGGAUCCACGAGUACUGUCACCUACCGUCGGAAAAUGACAAGAAGAUCGCCAUCAAAGACGAACCGCCAACGAUAUCAGACGACUGGCCGAGGGAAGGGGAUCUGAUAUUUUUCAACGUGACCAUCAAGUACAGCGGCCUUGACCUGGCCGUGGCUCGUAACGUCAACAUUCACAUAAGGCCUGGUGAGAAGGUUGGAAUAUGCGGCAAGCCAGGAAGUGGAAAGUCCUCGCUGAUCCUCUCCUUGUUCGGCCUGGUGGACUUGACAGAAGGCAGCAUCUACAUGGACGGUUGCAAGAUCAACAACAUCCCACCAUGUCUGCUCAGGUCAAGGUUGAGUGUCCUGCCCCAAGAUUGCAUGCUACUCAGCGGCACUAUCAGAUUCAACCUGGAUGCCGAAUGCAAGCAUACAGACGACGAAGUAUGGGAUGCCUUGGAACAGGUGGACCUGAAGGAGAUCAUCAAGAACAUGGACAGACAACUUGAAGCAGUUGUGGAUGAGAAUGGAGAUAAUUUUGGAACGAGUGAAAAGCAGUUGUUAUGCCUGGCUCGAGCGAUAUUGAAGAAGUCGAAAUUUAUAAUCAUCGACGAAGUGAUGUCGGUGUUGAACAAGACCACUGAGAUGAUUCUAUGCAGGGUGCUAAGGACCGCCUUCAAUGACCGAACUGUCAUCAAUCUGUCCCACCGACCUGCCUCCCUGAUGAACUACGACACGGUGAUUGUGUUAGAGAAUGGCAAGGUCGUUGAACACGACACACCUCAAAAUCUGGCGCAAGUUGAAGGAGGAUUCUUUGCGGCAUUGCUCAAAAGAAAACCUGGUUUCUGA